AUGCGUGCAUUUUCUUUACCUAUUACUCAAGAUGUGAAAGCAAGUGAUAUUGGAUUACAAAGUGAAAUUGAGAUUAAACCUCAACCAGAUAUCAGUUCUAGUUUGGAUGAAGAGUUACGAAGGACCAAAAGGAAUACAAUGAGAAGUAAAGGGUGCUCUAGAGGAAAAAGGUUCUACAAGACGAGAUGUAUCACCUACACGAUGUAUACAAAAAUCAUUGAAGGCGAUUAUGAUGAUGGUGAAUAA